AUGGCGCCCCCUGCUGAAGACUAUUAUUGCUGGCAGUUCCAGCCCAACACCUUUGAUCCCUCCCGCUGCAGGUCCUGCCUGCGGCCGAAUCACAUGCACCUCAGUACCACAACCUCAGAAUAUGCGAAUGCUGCAGAACUGCACGAUCUACAGGAGAUGGGUGUAGGUGACAAUAAUAAUGAUGAAGAUAAUAAUUAUGAAGAUGAUCUAGCGCUGUCUGAGGUGACGACAUGUGCCAGCAGCGAUGGUGUCAGUGGUGGUUGGACCUUUGAGUGGAAUCUUGAACGCAGCCCGAGUCCUGAGUGGGAACCUGAGAAUUGUGAAACUGACUUCCAACCCAGCUUUUUAAAUCAGUGGGAGCAGUCAGAGAGGAGCACAUCCCUCAGCCCACGGAGCCCUUCUGCAGGCCAAACAGAGAUGACCCAACUGGACCCUUCUUCCCCGAGAGACGCUGAAAACUCUGGGAUGGAUGAAAGGAGAGGUAGAGACAUGUCCCGCCGGGCUUCAGAGUCCAGAGGAGGCAGAGAAAAAGAAAGCGGCUAUUUCUCUCCAGACAGAAGAGGUGACGGAGUACGGCAGAGGGAGGAGGAGAACAAGCAUACCUACCGCUAUUAUGAGAAAGGACAUCCACUGCCAAACAACUACGUUCCAGAGCCCAAAGCCUGCGUCCCCUACAGGAAUGUCAGCCUUGGACUGCCAUCCCAAAGAAGAAACCCAGAUACAUAUAUGCAGGCAACUUGGAGAAGUGAGUCCCCACAGAGGUACACAUACCAUUCCAACUUCAGACGAGGUACUGAUUCUGAGAGAAACUCUCCAACACGUCACAGCUCUUUGAGUCCAGACCGCUACAGAUUAUCCGAGUCUCCUGUGGAACCUCGGAGAGGGAGCUCCCUCUGUAGGAGUCAGGCUCGGGCUCAUGCUUCAUUGCAGGGCUCCUUCCAAAUUCAGUCGAAUUGUGCUUCACGUCACACAUCAGGCAGGUCCAGUCCUUCCUGCAGGAGGGGGUCAAUGGCAUCUUACAAUGCUUUGGCACACAGACGAACAGACUCAUUUCAGUUACAGAGUGGUGAAUAUGAAGACCAUAAGAUCUGCAGCAAAGAGUCAAGGAGUCUAUCACAGGCUUCAAACAAACACAGUUUGGAUUCUGAGAAACUCUACAGAAAUCUUGAAUCUAUCUCCCACUGUCGUUCUUCUGCAGUGAGGCAAAUUUCAUAUGAAGGGUCUCAAGCAUCUCCUCGAAGCAGGACAGCUCUAAGCAGUUUGGCCAAUACUCUGUCCCACAAUAGCCGUGAAGUGUCACCAUCUAGGAAUGGCUACAGUCCACAGAGUCACGCCUCUCUUAGAGAACCUGACUUAAGAGAUAAAAGGCUGAGUCAAUCCCAAGGUUCCUGGCAGGGGUCUUCACACUCUUUACCUAAUCUUCCAUCAUCACAUGGUUCCUCUUCGUCAAGACGGGAGGGGGCAGGCUCCCAUAUUCUAGUUGGAUCGCCUUCACACGUUGCAGUCACAGACUCUCAUAAGGUGAACGAAGGGGUUGCUUCUUGGCAGGGGUUUUCACAUUCCAUACUCAGCCGCCCCCCAUCACAAGCUUCCUCUUCAUCGAGACGGAUAGCAGACUCUCAGGUUCUUGGAGGAUCGCCAUCAUACUUUGCAGUCACAGAACCUGAUGAGGCUAACGAAGGAGUUGGCUCUUGGCAGGGAUCUUCUCAUUCUUUACUCGGUCACACACUAUCACAAGGUUUCUAUUCGUCAAGACUGUUAGUGGACUCUCAGGGUGAUGGAUCACAUUCACACGUUGUGACAACAGACUCUGUAAAUUCUAACAACGGCACUGUUAAAGUCAGCUCUGAGAGAAGCAAAAGCAACAUCAGACGAGGAAUGGACGCCUUGUUACUUUCUGAGCCCAAAAAGGCUGUAGUAGAACCUGAGGAGGUUGGGAUGAACAUGGAUGACUACAUCGUGCUGGCUGACAUACCCAAGAUCCAGGUGGAGGAAGAAGAAACCUUUCCGGGGCUGAGACGGAGAAAUGAGAGUCCUAGUCCCUGCAGGGACCAGAGACAAAGAUCAUACAGGUAUCAAGAUAAAACAGACAUCUGUAGUCCGAGGCUAGAGCCAGAUGAGAGUAGGAGGGGAAGAGAGAGGGGGAGAGACAGACGAGAAAAAUUUCGGGACCUUGACACCGAACGACAAUCCGCUGCUUCUCUUCAUGCACAGACCUCAGAUCAAAGUGGAAAACACAGAUCUUUAAAAGUGAAGGACCGAGCUCGCCCCAAGGACCCACAGGCACGGGGCUGGAUGUCCAGGCUGAACAAACAAGGCAAGUGGAAGAGGCAGUGGUUUGUUCUUGGUGAGACUUCACUGAGAUACUACAGAGACUCAGAGGCUGAGGAGUCAGAUGAUUUGGAUGGAGAGAUCGAUCUGACUUCCUGUGUAAACGUGUCGGACUGUGAUGUAGAGGAGAACUAUGGGCUUCAAAUUCAGACAAAAAGGGACGUGUUUACUCUCUCUGCUGUAACAUCCAGAAUUCGUCAGAACUGGGUAAGGUUACUGAAGCAAGCCAUCCAGAACAACACAAACCAAUCAGACUCCAGCUGUGAGAAAGAGAACCCCCGUUCCCGGAGACUGUCGUCAAGCCAACCGCCCGCUCAGUUCCCCUGCGGGGGCUCCAGUCAUGAACCUGCCACAUCUAUCUACAAUACGGUAGUGGCAAACACAAACAGGGACCCAACGAUAGAAGGCGACCUAGGGAGAGACCUCUCUCUAGCCACUCAAAGGGAACAAGGGGAGGGCUGGGAUCGUGAGCAAGCAAAGAGAUUGGAAGAGAGGAACAAGUGGUUUGAGGGAGCGGUCCCUCUCAGUGAGAUGAGCACUAGGUGGGACUCCAUGGAGCUGAAAAGGGGGAGCAUUCCAGUCCCUGUUAAUGAAACCAUAGACUCUGAAGUCAACAAGAAAUGGACAGAAUUUGAGACGUCAUUUAGGGAUCUGAGUGACCAGUCUCUCAUUGGAACCCAGGCCUAUCAACCAAGUUCUCAAGGCGAGGCUCUUCCAUUAAUAAAUAACCAGACCCUUCAAACUAACAAGGCUGAAGCGCUUCAAAAAGAGGUUGAGACCGUCAAGAAGGAGCGUCAAGCAAUGGGGAUAGAUGUGGACAGUCCCUGUGGCCCUGGAGCCCCCUGUAGGGCCAAGCUGGAAGCCAUGGAAGUAGCCCAUCGAAAGGAAAUGCAGGAAUUGCAGGAGAAGCAUGCCAGGGAGAGGAGGAAGCUAGAGGAGGAGAGAGGCCGCAUGCUGCAAGAGGAGAGCCAGGCAGCUGCUAAGGCUAUUGAGGCACUGAAAGCUGCUCAUAGGGAGGAGUUGCAAAGAGAAGUGGAAAAGGCCAGAAGUCUGGAUGGAGGAGCAGCACACAUGGAUUCCUACAGAGGUCAUAUGCCUCAGGCAGAUGUCUUGCACAGUGAGUUAAACGUGCUAUCAGAACGUUACUCUCAGAAGUGCCUCGAGCUGAGAAGCUCUGAGCAGAGCAGCAAGAACCGAGAGACUGAGCUGGACCACAAGAAAAAGGAGAUGGAGCAGCUCCAGAGAGAAAACCAGGAACUGAAGAUCAAGCUUGCAGAAGAAAUCAGUCGAAUGAGACUUUUUAUCACGGGCCAGAGGUCAGAUGUGGUCUCACUUUGCAAAACCGAGGCAACUCCUUCCGAUUUAGAGACAUUGUUGAGAGCAAAGGAGAACGAAGUGCAGUAUCUUAAAAAAGAAAUCAGCUGUCUUCAAAAUGAAGUGCAAACACUUAUGAAGGAAAAAGAAGCAGUCUACAAGCUGUAUAAGGAGGCCUAUGUUGAACUGAGUGACACAAGAGGCCGGAGCCAGCUGGAGUUGGGCUCCCUUAAUGAGCACCUGAGACUGGCCAAUGCUGCACUGCAAGAGGGGGGCAGACAGACCUGAUCAGUACAGGCAACACCUAAACAUUACAUCAAAGGAGGGACAACAGCCAAUCAAUAUGAACUAAUUAGAUACUGUAUCAAGUAAAACCUAUUGUAUUGCAUCAUAACUGUAUGGACCACUGAAAUAAAGAGAAAGGUGUUUCA